GAUUUGUUUUUACCGUCCAAUAAUCCCGUGAAAUUAAACCCUUAAAAAACCCAACUACAACAAUUUGGCGGGAACCCGACUUCCCACGCUCCACCAAAACCCUCUCUCUCCUCCCCCGUUGGCUUCUCCUAACUCCGGCGAUAUGAGCAACACCGGCAACAGCAGAAAACGGCCUCCGCCGCCGGCGCCUUCGCAACAUCCGCAGCAGAAGCACCAUGCUGCGAUGGAAGACGACGAGGGAGACGAGGACAACUAUUACCUCGACGAAACCCCACUUCCCCUGAACAAAGAAGACACCCAAGCCCUGCGUGAAGCCGAGGAGCGGCUGCAAAAAUGGAAGCGGCCUCCGCUUUCUCAACUUUACACCUCACAGUCUCAGAGCAUCGUAUUUCAACAGCUGGAAAUUGACUAUGUGAUUGGCGAGAGUCAUAAAGAAUUGCUGCCUAAGUCUUCUGGUGUUGCUCCUAUUUUGAGAAUCUUUGGUGUCACCAAAGAAGGACAUAGUGUUUGCUGUCACGUACAUGGGUUUGAACCUUAUUUCUACAUCAGCUGCCCUCCAGGAAUGGGUCCUGAUGACAUUUCGCGUUUUCAUCAAAUUCUCGAGGGAAGGAUGAGAGAUGUGAACAGGAAUAGCAAUGUUCCUUAUUUUGUGCGGCGGGUUGAAUUGGUUCAGAGAAGAAGCAUAAUGUAUUAUCAACAGCAGAAUUCUCAGCCUUUCCUCAAGAUAGUAGUGGCAUUGCCAACAAUGGUUACCAGCUGUCGUGGUAUCCUGGACAGAGGCAUACAAAUUGAUGGGCUUGGCUUGAAGAGCUUUAUGACGUAUGAGAGUAAUAUUCUGUUUGCUCUGCGGUUCAUGAUUGAUUGCAAUAUUGUUGGUGGGAAUUGGAUUGAAGUGCCAGUAGGAAAAUAUAUAAAGAAAGCGAAAAACCUGUCCUACUGCCAGUUGGAGUUUGACUGUCUUUACACAGACUUAGUUAGCCAUGUUCCUGAAGGAGAAUUCUCAAAGAUGGCUCCCUUUCGCAUUUUAAGUUUUGACAUAGAGUGUGCAGGUCGUAAAGGUCUUUUCCCUGAGCCCAUCCAUGAUCCUGUUAUCCAGGUGGCCAAUGUAGUUACAUUGCAGGGACAGGAUCAGCCAUUUGUUCGUAAUGUAAUGACGCUUAAGUCGUGCUCACCUAUUGCUGGCGUUGAUGUUAUGUCCUUUGACACCGAGAAAGAGGUCUUACUUGCUUGGCGGGAUUUUAUCCGUGAAGUGGACCCUGACAUUAUAAUUGGGUAUAACAUCUGCAAGUUCGAUCUGCCCUAUCUUAUUGAGAGGGCUAAAGUGCUAGGAAUAACAGAGUUUCCUUUACUUGGACGGAUCAUAAACAGCAAAGUCCGUGUCAAAGAUACUACAUUUUCUUCAAGACAAUACGGUACCAGGGAAAGUAAAGAAGUUACAAUAGAAGGGAGAGUUCAAUUUGACUUGCUUCAGGUUAUGCAGAGGGAUUAUAAGUUAAGUUCGUAUUCAUUGAACUCAGUCUCUGCACAUUUCCUUAAUGAGCAGAAGGAGGAUGUUCACCAUUCAAUCAUAUCUGACCUUCAGAAUGGGAACUCAGACACAAGGAUGCGUCUCGCUAAGUAUUGUUUGAAGGAUGCUUAUCUCCCACAACGGCUUUUGGACAAAUUGAUGUUCAUUUACAACUAUGUGGAGAUGGCCCGAGUAACAGGUGUCCCUAUCUCAUUUCUUCUCUCAAGAGGGCAGAGCAUUAAGGUGUUAUCUCAACUUCUUAGGAAAGCAAAACAAAAGAAUCUUGUUAUUCCCAAUGCGAAACAGGCCGGAUCUGAACAAGGAACAUUUGAGGGUGCAACUGUUUUGGAAGCCAGUGCAGGAUUUUUUGAGAAGCCUAUUGCAACACUUGAUUUUGCAUCUCUGUAUCCCUCAAUUAUGAUGGCUUAUAAUCUGUGUUACUGUACAUUGGUAACUCCUGAAGACAUGCGUAGACUUAACCUUCCUCCAGAAUGGGUCACUAAAACUCCAUCUGGUGACACAUUUGUCAAAACAAAUUUACAGAAGGGAAUACUUCCAGAAAUUCUUGAAGAACUGUUGGCUGCUCGUAAAAGGGCAAAAGCAGACUUGAAGGAAGCGAGGGAUCCUCUGGUAAAAGCUGUUUUAGAUGGUCGUCAACUGGCUCUGAAGAUAAGUGCAAAUUCUGUAUAUGGGUUUACAGGAGCUACAGUGGGUCAACUACCUUGUCUAGAAAUAUCUUCGAGUGUCACAAGUUAUGGUCGACAGAUGAUUGAACACACCAAGAAACUGGUGGAAGAUAAAUUCACAGUGCUUGGGGGCUAUGAACAUAAUGCUGAGGUAAUAUAUGGAGAUACAGAUUCUGUGAUGGUGCAAUUUGGCGUCCCUACAGUUGAAGAAGCUAUGAACCUAGGUAGAGAAGCUGCUGACUACAUUAGCGGAACUUUCACGAAACCAAUAAAGUUGGAGUUUGAGAAGGUAUAUUAUCCAUAUCUAUUAAUUAGCAAGAAGAGAUACGCUGGCCUUCUUUGGACAAAUCCCAAUAAGUUUGACAAAAUGGAUGCUAAAGGGAUUGAAACAGUUCGAAGAGAUAACUGUUUAUUGGUCAAAAACCUUGUAACUGAAUGUCUUCACAAAAUACUAAUAGACAGGGAUGUUCCUGGUGCCGUGCAAUAUGUCAAGAAUACCAUUGCAGAUCUUCUUAUGAAUCGUGUGGAUUUGUCUCUUUUGGUGAUUACUAAGGGUCUCACAAAAACUGGAGAUGAUUAUGAAGUCAAGGCAGCACAUGUUGAACUUGCAGAGCGGAUGCGGAAGUUCCUGCAGAGGAGCUGUUUUUCGUCUCAGUUUUUCCCCAGUUUGGUUUCUCUUCCCCGGGCCCCCCCACCACAAACAAAAAAAAAAAAAAUCUUGAAAGAUGUUUCCACUGUGGAAGACUGGUAUAUACGGCCUUAAAGUUUUAAACUCAAUAAGAUUCCAUAACAUGUUGGUUAGAGGGAUUUAUAAUUCAGGA